GAAUUAUAAGGUUUACUUUUUCCACGGUAUCUCUUAUAUAAAAAGAAUAAAAUUCAUUCCUUUAUCGGAGUUGCAUAAUAAUUCAACCUACUGAUUUUUUAUUUUUUCUCUGUCUAUUGAUUCGCUAAAAUGAAGUCUUUAAUGUCGCGUAAUGACAUUUACUAGAUGGCAGUGUUGCGAAUGGUUAUAUAAGCUAGGUUUCGCAUUUAGUUAUUCAGAUCUUUCGCAGAUAUCGUAGUAAACAAGAUGGUAUUACGUGUAUUUAGCAUUCUCAGUGCCGUAGUGCUUGGAUUAUGUGUGGCGGAAAAACUCGACCUUCCUGUGCCAACCUGCAAACGCGAUGCAGCCAACUACACUUCCUGUUUAAAACGCGCAAUUAUAGAAGUAUGGCCACUUUUUGUAAAAGGUCUUCCUGCUGAAUUUGAUUUUCCACCUUUGGACCCGUCAUUUUAUGAAUAUCAGCACAUGGUACUAGAUCGUGGCGAUCUACACGCAGAAGUAACUGCGUCAAAUGUAACUAUCGAGGGUUUCGAAGCAACACAUUUUGUGGCUGUGAGACCGCACUAUACCGAUGACAUUUUUCGUUUGGAAAUCGAUGUACGCAUACCAAGACUAUUUAUUGACGGUAUCUGCGAAGCCCAUGGGAGUAUAGGUUCGUUCCGAAUGAGCGGCAAAGGACCUUUUAACAUGACUGUGGAAGGUGCCAAAGUAACGUGGGAUAUCACAGGGUCUGUAAUAGAUGAUACGUGGAUAAUAAAUCAUUUUAAUUUGUUACCGACAAUUAAAAAACUAAAGGCGCACCUGAAUAAUUUGUUUGAUGGGAAUCAAGAAAUCAAUGAACUCGCUACGAUGUUUGUGAAUGAGUACUGGCCACCAAUAUAUCGAUGGGGACUGCCAGCAGCGGUUGAGAAUUGGGACAAAACUUAUAGCGAUUUACUCACUCGCUUAUUCUCGAAGCUUUCCUUCUCGAAAGUAUUCCCUUAAGAUUCGAAUAUUUAAUUGAACGUUAAGAAACGUUACGAAAAACUGAAUCCGCGCACGAAACUAAAAAUACAUCUGAUAUAUACACAAGAGUUACGUUGAGAAUUAGAAGGUAGGUUCAAUUUAUAUUAAUUAUACAACUGAUAAUUCUUAAAUACUUUGCAUAUCAGAGUUCUUUAUCAUACGGAACGUUCACCUUUUUAAAAAAGAAAAAUGAGAAAAAGAGAAACUAUAACAAAAGAUUGCGAAGUAAUUUAUAAAAAAUUAUCUGUAUUUUUUCAUUCUAAGCAGUUUUGAACUACUAGAAUUUAAAGUUUUUGCGAAUUAUAAUCUUCUAAGUUGAAGUUUUCACAUCUGAGAAAUCUGCAAAUGGUUGUCUUCGUCUUGUUCAAUGAUUGGACGAAUGAAAAUUUUACGUUACGUCGCCACAUUUUACAUUUAUUAUGUAUAUAUAAGUUUGAUUUAAUAGAAUUUCCGUUUAUUUAAUAGUUAGAAACAUAUAUGUUACGCUUCAUCCGUAAAGAGCGCAAAGUGCAUUUCUUGUUAUUAAAAUAUAUAAAAGAAUUAUAAUCGGA